AGACCACGUGAUUCCCCUUUCUCCGUUCAACUGCAUGUGGAGGAAUCAGUCCUGUGAGUAAAUAGCUAACAAAAGGUGUAAUAAUGGUUCGUAAAUUAAAGUACCAUGAACAGAAGCUGCUGAAGAAGGUGGACUUCAUCAACUGGGAGGUCGACAACAACUUGCAUGAGGUCAAAGUGCUGCGGAGGUUUCACAUCGAGAAGAGAGAAGAUUACACCAAGUACAAUAAGCUGAGUCGUAGCAUCAGAGAUCUCGCUCAGAAAAUCAGAGACCUGGACGAGAAAGACGGCUUCAGAGCUCAGAGCACACAUCGACUUCUAGAAAAACUGUACAGCAUCGGUCUCAUCCCCACCAAACAGAAUCUGUCUCUCACAGAGAAAAUCUCAGCCUCCUCAUUCUGCAGGAGGCGGCUGCCCAGCAUCAUGCUGAAGCUUCGCAUGGCUCAGAACCUGAAGACAGCCAUCACAUUCAUCGAACAAGGACAUGUACGCGUUGGACCAGAUGUAGUUACAGACCCAGCAUUUCUAGUCACAAGAAAUCUAGAAGAUUUUGUCACGUGGGUGGAUUCCUCAAAGAUCAAGCAGCACGUUAUGAAUUAUAAUGAUGAGAGGGACGACUUUGAUCUGGUGGCAUAGGUCUGAUCUCUAACAUCCAUUCAUCACCCUGGAGAACAGGAACAAGGACUCUGCUGUGUUAACUCUGCCGUGAUUAAACAGGAGUUUGGAUCUCUUAUCAGCUUGGAGACUGGAAAACUAAUUAGUGCUCUCACCUCCUAAAAAAUCAUAGCUUACCUGGGACAGCAAGGAUAGACAUUUACAGCCUCUACGUUGCUCAGCAAACAGACUUCCUUUUGAUGUUGUGAACUGUGAUCUGCUGACAGUUGUUCUAAUAUAUUAAAGCAACAGUUUGUGUCAGCAUUUGACUUUUUAAGCCUGCUAACCCACUGGUUAUACAGAGCAGCUUUUAGUCAUGUAGGUGUGACUGAUCCAUCUUCUAUAACUCUAUUUGUUCUGAAUGUGUGAACUUGAGCUGUUUGGGUCAGUUUGUGUGUGAUUUUCGAAAUGCCAGGUUACACGUACAAACUAUGAAAUAUAACCAUUACUUGUGUAUACAUAAAGGUAAAACACAAACUGAAUCUUUGAUAAAUAUUUAAUUUUUUUCAAUAAGACUUUCUUACAAUUAUGUAAACUUUGUAAACAUUCAACAUUUUUAUCACAGUAUUUCACCAAACUUCUGCAUAUGGUCUCUCCUUAAUGCUGAAACUAAGAAAGAAUCCCCAAUACCAGUGUGUAAAUAUAUGUUUGUCAACAUACUGUUCUUAAACUUUCCAAUAAACUGGAACUCACCGUAAAACA